UUGUCUCCAUUCUAUAUUUGUUUCCUUCACAAAAUCACACACACACGACACCCUCAUAUAAAUUCUAUUCUCAUAAAAAUAUACACAAAUAUCUGCAGAUUCUUAGAAUCUGAGAUUUUACCUAUUUUCAAGGUGCCGUAGAAUCUUCAAAUAUUCGCCGGUGGUGAGAUUCAGGCACCGGCGAAUAUUCCAAUUUUGUGCUGAAGAUUCUUUUUACACUGCUCAUUGAUUUGAUUAGAUAUUAUUUACGAUUUACUUAGGGAUUUGGCUUUCCAUUAAGAACAGAGCAGAGGAAAAUAGCGAUUUGGAUGCUAAAUUCAUUGGAUUUCAAGUGUUGUGUAGCUGAAUUACAGCUUUGGUGACUAUUUGAGGAAUAAAGUAGGAAGAAAAAUAAAAAAUUAAAGAGAGAUGCUGACGUGUAUAACUUGUAAGCAAAAAAUAGAUGAUGAUGGAGGAGAAGAAGGUCCACGUGGAACCCCUAAUACUAAAGAAUCAGUCAAAAGCUUGACGUCACAGAUCAAGGAUAUUGCAUUAAAGGUGUCUGGAAAAAGCAGCAAGUCCAGUACACCAACUAGCAGUUACAGGAGAGGACAAAGAGCAUAUCCUGAUUUUGAAACAAUUUCAGAGGAAGUUCCAUAUCAACCAGGAAGUUCAAGUUCUACUCAUGCUUGGGAUUUUACCCGUAAUCAUCGAACUCCUCGAGCAGAUUCAAGAUUUACCGGAGGAUAUGGUGAUGAUGAAAAAAGAGAAUCUGUUUACUCACAGUCAGGUGAUAUGGUGCUGCCAGAUGAGGAGGGGCCAAAAGAGUGGAUAGCCCAGGUUGAGCCUGGUGUUCAGAUUACUUUUGUCUCUCUUCCAACUGGAGGAAAUGAUCUCAAACGGAUCCGCUUUAGUCGGGAUAUGUUCGAUAAAUGGCAAGCUCAAAGAUGGUGGGGUGAGAAUUUUGACAGAAUUAUGGAGCUCUACAAUGUCCAGAAAUUUAAUCAGCAAGCUAUGGAUACUCCCGGGCGGUCUGAGCUUGGAAGAGAUUCUAAUUAUUCAAGGCUUGGAUCACCUAGGGAAAGCAAGGAGUGGACUCAGAGAAAUUAUAGACCAUCCAGUAGUAGCCAAUAUAACUAUGGAGGACCCAGUUCUUAUGCCCCCGGCAUGGAUCCAGCAAGGAUGACAACUGACUCAAACGCUUCAGUUUCCAUGAGCGUUGCCGGUGAUGGGGAGUCAGAAUGGAUAGCGGAAGAUGAGCCUGGGGUAUAUAUAACCAUCAGACAACUAGCUGAUGGCACUAGAGAGCUACGGCGUGUAAGAUUCAGCCGCGAACAAUUUGGGGAGGUGAAUGCGAAGCAGUGGUGGGAACAGAACAGGGAUAGAAUACAAGAUCAGUACCUUUAAAGCAUUUUUUUCUUUCCAUACUAAGUUGCUGGCAAUUUCCACAGAAUAUAAAUGUAUUCCUUGGGAAAUGGAAAAUUUGAGAUCCAACGUAGAUUCAACUUCCGAUUCCGGGACCACAACGACUCCUCUCUUCUCGAGAAUCCAUACUUCCCUUAUUAGUGUAUGGACAUCUAUCUCUCGAGCAUGCUUCUUCAAAGUGAUUAACUUAAACUCAGCUUGCACGAUAUCGUCGGGCGAUUCGAGCACCAUUCUUGGCAUUAAAAGAGAUUACACCACUCAUAUUGAAGUAUAUAGUUAUUUUUUCCAGUUGGAAUUGCUUCAUUCUAAAAGAGAGCUCCUGGUCGCUUUUUUUUGUCAUGGCAUUUUUUGAUCUCUAAUUAUACCUGAUUUUUUAUUUUAUUUUUUGCAAAUUCUUUUUUGGGCUUUAUUUUGCCUUCAGUUUUUGGUUGAAUGGCUUGGUGGAUCUCCUAGCUUUUACUUAGAUGUUUCUUUUAAUUGUUUUCUUUGUAACACAAACUUUCUAGAAAAGGAAAUGAAAUCAAAAGCUGAUGAUGCUUUAAAA